AUGGAGGAUGCGGGAGCAGCGGGCCCGGGGCCAGAGGCAGAGUCCGAGUCGGAGUCCGAGACGGGGGCUGGCAUGUCCAAGACGUUCUCCCGGCUCUGGACCGACGUGAUGGGCAUCCUGGACGGCUCCCUGGGCAACAUCGAUGACCUGGCACAGCAGUAUGCAGACUACUACAACACCUACUUCUCCGACGUGUGCGAGAAGAUGGAGGAGCUGCGCAAACGGCGGGUUUCCCAGGACCUGGACAUGGAGAAAGCCGAUGCCAGCCCCACGUCACUUCAGCUGCGGUCCCAGAUCGAAGAGUCGCUUGGUUUCUGUAGCGCCGCAUCAACACCAGAAGUGGAAAGAAAGAACUCUCUUCACAAGUCAAACUCAGAAGACAGCGCUGUAGGAAAAGGAGAUUGGAAGAAGAAAAAUAAGUAUUUCUGGCAGAACUUCCGAAAGAACCAGAAAGGAAUAAUGAGGCAGACUUCAAAAGGAGAAGAUGUGGGCUAUGUUGCAAGCGAGAUAACAAUGAGCGAUGAAGAACGGAUUCAGCUGAUGAUGAUGGUCAAGGAGAAGAUGAUCACCAUUGAGGAGGCACUGGCCAGGCUCAAGGAGUACGAGGCCCAGCACCGGCAGUCAACUGCCUUGGACCCCGCCGACUGGCCAGAAGGCUCUUACCCCACAUUUGAUGGCUCAUCAAACUGCAAUUCAAGAGAACAAUCGGAUGAUGAGACCGAGGAGUCGGUGAAGUUUAAGAGGUUACACAAGCUGGUAAACUCCACUCGCAGAGUGAGAAAGAAACUAAUCAGGGUGGACGAAAUGAAAAAGCCCAGCACUGAAGGCGGGGAGGAGCCCGUGUUUGAGAGCCCCCCGGCCCUGGACGAGAGGGCCGCCCUGUACUCCGGCGUGCACAAGAAGCCCUUCUUGUUUGAUGGCUCCCCUGAGAAGCCUCCGGAAGAUGACGCAGACCCUUUCACCACUUCUCCGUCAUCCAGCAACCUGGAAGCCUGGGCCGCUGGCCGGAAGUUGGUCAAAACCUUCAGCAAAGGAGACAGCCGGGGCCUCAUUAAGCCCCCCAAGAAGAUGGGGACGUUCUUCUCCUACCCAGACGAAGAAAAGGCCCAGAAGGUCUCCCGCUCCCUGACCGAGGGGGAGAUGAAGAAGAGUCUGGGGUCCCUGAGCCACGGGGUAAGUACCGAUGGCGUGUGCUUCUGUGACAGCCACCGUCGCAGGCACCACCUUCUCGUGUCCCUGGAGGAGGUGCAGAGCGUCCGCAAGCAGAUCCGCCUGAAGAAGACGGAUGCGAAUUACUCCUGUUCCCGAGCUUUUCUCUGCCAGCGUCCCUCCCGCAAAGGAGCUCACAGCACGCCCUGUGACCUGCAGCUGCUGCGGCAGAGACCCAAAGGGGGAGGGAGCUGUGGCGUCCCCGGCAGGAGGGGGCGCGGGCGCCCCGCGGUCAGCGAGGUCAAUAUCACCUACGUGGUGGAGCGGAGCCUGUACAGCCACCUGAACCUGAGCCAGCUAGUGCGCCCGGCCUCAGACAGGACCCUGAGCAAGGCCGAGCAGCAGGACCUGAGGCGGUGCCUGCUGCAGGAGGAGGAGGAGGCAAAGAGGAAGUGGGCCGCCACGGUCGACCGCUGUACUAAGAGGGUUCUCUUGAGAAUCCACCAGAAGUCCAGAACCUGCAGUUUUGGAGGAUUUGAUUUGACGAAUCGUUCUCUGCACAUUGGCAGUAAUAACUCUUACCCGAUGGGUAAAGAAGGAGAUUUUGUGUACAAGGAAGUCAUCAAAUCACCUACUGCCUCCCGCAUCUCUCUUGGAAAAAAGGUCAAAUCCGUGAAAGAGACAAUGAGGAAGAGAAUGUCCAAAAAAUACAGCAACUCUGUCCCUGAGCAGGACACGGGCCUCGAUGGAAUGCCUGGCUCCCCUCCACCCUCCCAGCCUGACAGUGAACGCAUGGACAAGCCCAAGCUCAAAGCCGGAGGUUCUGUAGAGAGUCUUCGGAGUUCGCUGAGUGGACAGAGCUCGAUGAGUGGUCAGACAGUGAGUACCACCGAUUCCUCCACCAGCAACAGGGAAAGUGUCAAGUCGGAAGACGGUGAUGAUGAGGAGCCCCCCUACCGGGGCCCCUUCUGUGGGCGCGCCAGGGUGCACACUGACUUCACACCCAGUCCCUAUGACACAGACUCUCUCAAGCUCAAGAAAGGAGACAUCAUCGAUAUAAUCAGCAAGCCACCCAUGGGCACCUGGAUGGGCCUGUUGAACAACAAGGUGGGCACCUUCAAGUUCAUCUACGUGGAUGUGCUGAACGAGGAAGAGGAGAAGCCCAAGCGCCCCACCAGGAGGAAGAGGAAAGGAAGACCACCCCAGCCCAAGUCCGUGGAGGAUCUCCUCGAUCGGAUUAACCUGAAAGAGCACAUGCCCACCUUCCUGUUCAAUGGAUAUGAGGAUCUGGACACCUUUAAGCUCCUGGAGGAGGAGGACUUGGAUGAGUUAAAUAUCAGGGACCCAGAACAUAGAGCCGUUCUCUUGACAGCGGUGGAGCUGCUACAGGAGUAUGACAGUAACAGCGACCAGUCUGGAUCCCAGGAGAAGCUGCUCGUUGACAGCCAGGCCCUGAGCGGGUGCUCCCCGCGAGACUCGGGAUGCUAUGAAAGCAGUGAGAACCUGGAAAACGGCAAGUCUCGGAAAUCUGGCCUUCUCUCUGCCAAGUCAUCAGCCGAGUCCAGCUUGAAGUCCUUCAGCAGGAAUCAGCUGGGCACCUUCCCAACGCUGCCGUUACCCAAGUCGGUGGACGCCCUGAAGCAGGGGGUGGAGAGCAGGCUGGGCAGCGGCCUGACCCCUCACACUUUCAAGCGCUGUGAUCCGCCCUGUGUGACUGGCUUGAAUAAGAACCGGAGAAGCCUCCCCGUGUCCAUCUGCCGGAGCUGUGAGACCCUGGAGGGCCCCCAGCCUGUGGAGACCUGGCCCCGAUCCCAGUCCCUGGAUGACCUCCAAGGAGAGCCUGAUGCUGAAAAAGAUGUGCCUGGCGCGGUGACAGAGCCCCGCCCUCAGAUUGUACCGGAAGUGCCACAAAAGACAGCCCCCUCCAUCACCAAGGCUCACAGCCCCCAGGGAGAUGCUGCUGUUGACAAUGCAUUGCUACUGACCCAAAGCAAGAGAUUUUCUGACCCUCAGAAAACGACUACUAAGAAACUGGGUGGCUCGAUUGCCGCCGCUUCCAGUGGCAUGUCACCUCCUCCGUGUUUGCCCCAAAACUAUGAGGCUCAGCCUCCUAGACACAGUUUAGCAAGGACUCCCCUUGAGGGUCACAGAAAGGGACUUGAUCUUGAAGGAACCUGUCAGCCCCCGAACACCAAAGAAGGUGAGCAGAGGGGCCCCGAGGCCAUGACACCAGGCAGACAUCCUACGCAGCCUCCGCCAGUUCCUGCCAAGAAGAGCAAAGAGCGCCUGGCCAACGGCCUCCACCCCUGCCCUCCAGGCCCCAGCGCACCGAGCCUGCCCCUGAAGAAGGGGGGCUCCGGCGGCCCCAGCGACUGUGCCUCUCCUCAGGCUUCCGAGCCGCCCUCCAGGCAGGAGCCCGGCAGCCCUCCAAGCUCGCGGCCACCGCCCUGGCUCUCCGAGCUGCGGGAGAGCGCGAGCCUCCAGGAGCACGGCGUGAGGCUGGGCCCGGCUGGGACCAGGAAGAUCUCCUGCGCUCGGGGAGUCGACCUGGAAAUGCUCACUGAAGACAAGUUACGAGCUGAAGGCAUCGACCUCACUGAGGAGCCCUAUUCUGAUAAGCACGGCCGCUGCGGGAUCCCCGAGGCCCUGGUGCAGAGAUACGCAGAGGACCUGGACCAGCCCGAGCGGGACGUCGCCGCCAACAUGGACCAGAUCCGCGUGAAGCUGCUUCGCAAGCAGCACCGCAUGGCGAUCCCAAGCGGCGGACUCACAGAGAUCUGCAGAAAGCCCCUCUCCCCCGGAUGUGUCGCGUCCGUGUCGGAUUGGCUGAUCUCCAUCGGUCUGCCCAUGUACACCAGCGCCCUCGCGGAAGCGGGGUUCAGCACACUGGGCCACGUGCCUUCUCUGUCCCACACUUGCCUGCAGGAGGCCGGCAUCACAGAGGAGAGACACAUAAGCAAGCUCGUGUCUGCAGCCAGACUCUUCAAGCUGCCGCCCGGCCCCGAGGCCAUGUAGCCAGGCCCGCGAGGGACCGCCUGGACAGGAGCCACCCUCUCACUGUGCUUACCAUGCUGAUGCCAUUUCUCCUUCCCUGGACGUGCAGACCGGAUCCAGAAGAAAGGCCCAGUGUGUGGCCCGACGGAGCUCGAAACCUUGGCACGGGACCGAUGGCCCUCUCUUCUCCAGAAAAGCCCCUGGGAGGAAACGGGUGGUUCUCUUUGACCCCCCUCCCCCAAAGAAAAGAGGAGCACUUAUUUUUAUUUUCAGAACACGAUAGAACCGAGAUGCCAACUUGCCACAAAUGCUGUGCCUCCGGUCUGUCUGGGUGCACUGGGAGAGAGGGCUGGGGGCAGAGGGAGGGGCAGCCGGUUCCGUUUCUCCUGGGGCCGUUGACCUUCCGUCUGUCACCCUGCAGGGCCCCCGAGGGCCAGACAGGCUCAGCUAGGCCAAAGUAACAGACUCGGGAGUGAUGGUACAUCGGUUGACAUGCUCAUUGGUUCAAAAGUAAGAAAAUCUGUCUGCACUAGAGGAAAAAAAAAAGUCCUAUUCUCCUUCAGAUAAACGAGACAUUUUAAUAAUUGCUUUCUAGCAAUCAGCUUUUAUUUGCCUUAAUGUAAGCUUUCAAGCAGUUAUCUAACUAGUGUUCACUACCCUGUAACCGUAGUUCCAAGUCUUCGGCUUAGACCGCCAUCUAACAUCUGGGACGUUCCCAGCAAAAAUGGGCUUUUCUGAUGAUCUCAUUCUCCAUGGCUUAUUUUGUAGGAGUGUUUAUCUGGCACAAAUUUCACGUUGGCUUUCAGUUUUUAAACUAGCUACAAAUCUAGUAAAAAAACUCUGGAAUUCACAAAGAUAUCACGUGUGUAUAUGUGAGUGUGUCGGGGGUGUGUAUGCUUCUAUAACCACCUUUCAUUUUAAUCAGUGUAGGAUUGUUACCCUGUUGGCCACUGUGCUGCGGUAUUGGCUUGGACUCCUGACCAGGUCCAUCCCAAAACUCCGUCAUCAGAUCACCCGUGCAAAGAGUCAUUGUAAGGCUGGUUUCAGAGAGAAGUUCUGAAAAAGGGAAGUAGUCUAUGAGAUGUUUUUAAAGCUUUUUCCCUCCUGUUUUACCAUUAAGAUAUUGUUUUCCUUCUUCUUUAGAUAAUUCUUUUAAUUCAAAUAAAGGUUCAUUUUGGAGCCAGACAUACCACAUGGGCCACAUAUUAAGUAUUUGCAUGUUUUCGGUUGUUUCCAGCUGGUAUCAGCCCAUUCUAUCCUCUCUUAGUCUUUGUGCCUGAUUUUCCAGCAAGCAGAAAUUUAGGCAACUACACGAAUAACGUUUCCAUUUUUACAAGAUGGCUUUGCUUUACAUUCUUCUCGUGAGCACCGUGCUAUUAAGCAUUGAAUGUGAUUAUUUACAAUACAAAUUCAACACAAAACUCUGACCAAAAGUUCUGUAAUAUUUCCUCUGCUCACUAAGAUAAACGAUUUCCCUCAGGAGGGAAACCAGUGACUUCCUUCAUCACAAAGCCAUCUUUAGUGUUUGCUUUAUAUACUUAAGUCAUGUACCGGAGGAAAGAACGUUGUUCUCAGGUGAUGUAGGUGCUCAUGCUUCGGUAUGCAUUUUUAAAAACAGUACACAUGCUUCAAUGAUGCCUUCUGUAGGAUGCCAUGUAAAGAAGUUGUGGAAAUCUAGAAUAAGAAAGCGAAAGCUGUCCAAUUUCUGUGGCACUCUUAAAACAGCCCAUUCCUGUCACCUUGGGAUGUGACAUCCGGUUAGCAUAGCCCAGUGGUCGGCAAACUGUGGCUCGCGAGCCACAUGCGGCUCUUUGGCCCCUUGAGUGUGGCUCUUCCACAAAAUACCCGGCCUGGGCGAGUCUAUUUUGAAGAAGUGGUGUUAGAAGAAGUUUAAGUUUAAAAAAAUUGGCUCUGAAAGAAAUUUCAAUCGUUGUACUGUUGAUAUUUGGCUCUGUUGACUAAUGAGUUUGCCGACCACUGGCCUAGCCCAUCUGGGAAGUAAGGCGGCUGCAGUUCUCCUGUGACCACGUGGCGGAACCCUCUUUCCAGUGGCGCGGCGGAGGCGGGGCUACGACGGGCUCCUCACCUGUGUGUGCAGUAAGCUCAGCAUGACAUGUGAGGGGCCCUGCUCAUAUUUAAAGCUGAGCAAAAUGACCACCCAUAAAUCAGGUAACGGGUAACGGGGGAAGGAGAAAUCUUGUGUGAAUUCCCACGUUUUAAUUCAUUUUCACUGCAACAUUUUCAUUUAAGUCAAAAGGGCACCAGAAAAGGGAAUUAUUCUGAGCUUGAGCUUUUGAGAAUGCCAAACCGCAUUUUUGUCACUCUUCCUUGGAAUUCAUUGCCUUUGCAUACAAACCUCAAAUUCAGGGACCACGAGUAGUUGUCGGUGGGAAGGUCUUCCUAAUCUUAAAAGUUCUGAGGUGGUUUUUACUUGAUUGUGCUUUUUAAAAUCCUUUGUUUUUUUAUCGUUAGUAUUUGUUGGGUCUUCUUUUGCUUUAAACUCUUAACUUGAUCCUAGAAAAAGAAAAAGAAAAAAAAAAAGCCUCCGUGUUUGUGUGUGACGUUUGACUGAGGUGGUGUGGGGCCGCCUGCAGGUGUUGGGAGACAGGCGGUAGGUAGGUGUCAGCAAUAUCCAGGUUUAACCAGUUGCACUUGGUACAGGAGGUUGAGGAAUCGGUGGAAACGGUCGUCUUGGGAAAGCACAAGAGAAACCUGGAAAGGCAGUUAGGCUCAGGUAGCUACACAUCCACGGUGUACAUUUUCACUUGGAAGCUGUCUAGGAGGAGAUGCAGCCAGCCCCAGCCACGACUGACAUUCCCACACAGCCGAGUAGGAGAGAGAUUCUUAGGGCCUGCCUUCCGAGCCAGAGGCCCUUCCCUCCCACCUGCACUGGGGGCGGUGACAUCGGAAAUCACUGGUGUAUUGGUAAUGCGUUCCCGACAUAGCAAAGUGUGCUUUCAUACCAGCAGCAAAGGGAGGCAGUUCACCAAGUCACUGCUGCCUGUGGGUACUGUGUUCGUUACAGAGAAACAAACCUGGUCGUCUGAGUCCACGUUUCCUUGAUUUUUAAAUUGAUAGAGAAAUCAAGAAGCUGUCAAGCAAGUUAUGUAACAACUAACAACAUUGCACUUUCUGUAUAUGAAAUCAGUAUUUAAAUAACUUAUUUUUCUCCAUUGCUGUUUUUAAACAUUGUAAGUAGCUGUAAUAUACCAGUACCAGUAUGUUCUCGCGAUUGCUUCAGCCCAAGAAAGCUGUGUAUUGUUUUAAAAAUUGUAAAAAAAUUAUUGUGACGAUUCAUUUAGCAAAGAGAAAGGACGGAAGGGUUUUCCUAUGUAUCAAAACUUGUCUAUAAUUGUCAUCUAUGUACCUAGAAAAAAAAAAGUAAAUAAAUUUCUUCAGUUGAA